AGUUAUGCAAAGCGUGCCAUGAAAGCCAUUUAAAGGUCAACUUGACACAAGACUAGAGACACUAGCCCAGCAGCUUAACGAUUGCAGAAAAAAUUAAAGGAAAACCACAGGAAUGAUGAGGACCAUUUUCGUUUGGAGCUGCCUCCUGGCUGUACUUAUCGAGCCCUGCAUGUCGGACAUGUACAUGCAUUUUCCACACGGAUCCAACAAUCGUUUGAAUGGUAACCAAGAUAACGUCAAGAACGCAAACAGAUUGUUUGAUUCACAGAAUAACGGCAAAGCAGGAUACAACGUUGGAGACAAGCAUCAUUUUAACCCUGGAGACAACAUUCCAGAGUUCAAUCAGCUUCCAGUGGAGUUCUACAUGAGUGGAUGCGACAUCAACGCCAAAACUGAAGUAGAAAUCAUGUGGACAAAUCAACACGGGACCGGCUCGGACAGAACAAACGUGUGUUGGGUAAAGGAAGGAUGCAGCUCUCUCAAACCAGCAGCUUGCUCCAGCUUGCCUCUCGAAGUGGUUGACCAGGCUGAUGCUUUCAGCCCUGAAAAGUUGAAUCUUCACCUGAACACAGGAUGCUACAGUGGUAAUGUUGCCGAUCUGCAGAGUCAGUUGAACAACGCCCCAGCCUCCUGCAAUCCGCCUUGUUUCCGUAUCAAGAAGCCUGGGGAAUACAAUAUCACCACUGAUGAUGUACCACGCGAGUUUGAUGCCAGUAACAAUAAAAACCCGAAUCUAACGCGUUUUGCUCAUGUGACAGGUUUGUUUACCGCUAACCAACAACUCAAAGGUGAUUUGCCUAUUUACACGCGACAAAACGCUGCAGGAACAAGGAGGGGUUUGGAAGUCCCCGAGGAACGUGAUUACUAUCCCUAUUGGGGCCCCACCCCGUGGAAGGACAUUGCUAUCAUGGUCAGCGAUAAAAAGACCGAGGCGUUGAUGAAGAAAUACGUCAACAGUCCUCGUUAUGGGCAUAAAUACUUGUGUAUUAUGCCAAGCAAGCUUACAGGUAACGCAAACUGUCCGCCAGACAACCAAAACGUUAUGGCUGAAAAGUGCGUUGCCAAGUACAUCACUGCAGAGUCGUGCAAAGCAGCUGGAGGAAGGUGGACAAAAUUUAUCACAAACUAUGUGGAGAAAACAGCUGGAGUGCUGAGCACGUGCAAAGACGUGGGAGAUAUGAAGCUUGCACGAGGUUUACCGUACGAGCCCCAUCUGCUCUCCCAAGGAGCUGACGGAAAAGUGCAGUAUGUUCUUCUUCACAAAACCCCAGAUGUGAUCUACGCCCCAUCCACUGUCGUUAACCAUAACGGCAUGAACAUGGAGGGGAAGUUUUCGUCGUACAAGUGGAAAGUCCCUUGUUUCCCAACCAACACUACUCAGCGUUGCUUGUUACGGAUAAGAUACAAUAUCACCACUGAUGAUGUACCACGCGAGUUUGAUGCCAGUAACAAUAAAAACGUCACGAACAACCCUAAAACCAAAGCAGUUGAUGGUAAAACCGAUCUACAACUCGCUUUGAACACCGCGCAGGUCGGCCGCACAUUCCAGGACAGAAGUCACGUGUUUCUCCUUAAACCUAGGAGUUCCCUUCCUUUGAAAUUCCAGCAUUCCAACAUAUUCUACAUCGGAGGAAUGGGAAAGAGAGGAAACAUUGUGCAGGCUUAUCCAGCCAUGGAAUAUCGCUUCACUCCUGAACGCAUUUCAGUUACAACAAAGGAUGUGGUGUGUUUUGUCUGGUCCGGUUCAAACAACAAUGCGAACAACGAUGGACAAGGAACAGCACGUACUGAUCGCACAAACGUAUGCUGGGUAAAGGAAGGAUGCAGCUCUCUUAAACCAGCAGCUUGCUCCAGCUUGCCUCUUGAAGUGGUUGACCAUGUUGAUAAAUUUGACGCUGAAAAGUUGAAUCUCCACCUCAACAAGGGAUGUUACACAGAUGAGAAGAAACCACUACAGGCUCAACUUGACAACGACCCAGCCUCCUGCAACCCGCCGUGUUUCCGCAUCACAAAGCCUGGGGAGUACUGUUACAUGGGCACGCGCAAUAACAACUUCUCCAACCGACGUCACGUGGGACAGAUCACUGUUACCGAGGCCAGUGAUUCUGUGGCCGAGUAACUGUACUUUGCACUUUUGUCGUUUAGUUUGUUUCUUGAUUAUGGUCUUGGCUUGUAACAGUGUAGUUGUUGCUAAUAAAUGUAUAACGAGCUUUC